AUUGGGUUUACACUGUUAAUUGGCUUUAUCAUACAUUAUUUAUCACAAUAUAUUUGGGCGAUUAAGAAAUAUCCCCCUGGUCCUAAACCACUGCCAAUACUUGGAAAUAUACUAUUAUUUCGUAAUUACAAAAAACACUGGAAUCAUAAACUUAUCAUAUGGGUAGGUCCAUGGCCAUGUGUUAUAGUAUGUGAUCUGGAUAUUGCUAAGGAGGCAUUUAGCAAGGUUGAAUUUUCCGGUAGACCUCCGUCUGAAUUAGGUGAUAUUUUUACUAAUGAUAAGCACUCGGAGAUAGCAUUUGCGGACUACGGCAAGACAUGGGAGGCCCUACGAAAGGUUGGCCACAGCGCCAUUAGAAAAUUUUCAAAAACUUCAGAAAUGUCACAAUUGGUCAACGAUAAUGUUAGCGAGAUGUUGGACUUAAUAAAGGACAGGGAGGGCAUUGAUAAGCCAUUCCAUGCCGAACCCUAUUUAUAUAACCUGGUUUCAAAUAUACACUUGGCGGCUAUGUAUAGCAACAAGGUAAAACUAAGCGAGGCCGAGAUGGAAAAGUUUAAAUUCGUGUCGUACGCCUUUUCAUCUGACCUUGGUGACCGCAUAUUUAGGUACGAAUUUGUGCCAUACAUGAAGUACUUUAUGGCCAACCCUUUCGACACGUACCGCAAGUAUUUCGCUGAACUCCACGAGUUUUCCGCAAAUCAUUUCCAACGACACACCGAAACCUACGACAAGGAAAACAGACGUAAUUUCUGUGACCUACUGAUCGGCGCCAAACACGAGGCCGAGGCUAAUGAAAAGGUCUCGGCUCAGCACCUGACCGAUAUUAAUAUGGCCACCACCUUGCUAGAUAUAUUUCUAACUAGCGUUGAUGUGACCCACAUGCUUUUAUGGAUAAUUCUUUUGGUGGCCUAUUACCCUGAUGUUCAACAAAAGAUACGUGAUGAAAUCCGCAAUGAGCUAGGUGAUAAACCCGUAACCGGCGAUGACAGACACAAAUUGCAUUACACUAUGGCCUAUGUCUACGAGGUAUUUAGAUAUAGAAACUCAGCUCCGAUUGGUUUCUUUCAUAAAACAUUAAAGGACUGUAAAUUAGAUACCUGUGUAGUGGUGCACCAGUACUCUAUACUAAUGGAUAAUAAUUACUGGGAUAAGCCUGAUGAGUUUACUCCUGGUCGAUUUUUGGAUGACCAGGGUAAAUUGAUUGCCGUAAAACCCGCAGCUUUUAUACCAUUUGGUUACGGCCGUCGUGUGUGUAUUGGCGAGCAAAUGGCAUAUAAUAAUUUGUUUGUGACCCUGGUCAGAUUAUUGCAACUGACCAGUCAUUAUACAAUUGAGGUGGAUAAUAAAACAGCAAGCACCAUUGAAGUUAAUCCGAUAAAUGUGUGGAUCCAGUCACCCCCUAUAGCU